CACUGCCUCCCUCAGCUGGCCCGAGUUGGUGACGCCGUUUGCAAUCCAAGUCAAGUCGUUGGGUGUUCCCCUCAUUGGCUUUCUGGCUUUCCGACUUUCUUUUAUUUAACCAUCUUUUAUCGUUUCCCCUCAUUUGACUUUGGUUCAACAACAACAACAACAAAAACAACAUUCACCACCCCUGCAUCACACCCGGCCUCUCCUGCCACCCACUGCCCAUCAUGGCCGAGGGCUUUGCGAAUCGCAAGUUCAGCAUCAACCGCAACACGGGUGUCCCUAGACCCGCACGCCGUUUCUCUAUCGGAGAGCCGGGCCUGAGUGAGGCGAGCAGUAAGAUUCAUCGCCAGUUCAGAGCUGCCCAUGAAGGCCAUCUCCCCCAUGCCGGCCUAGACGCUAGCAGGGCGUCGACUGGUGUAGUAUGGUGCACUGAGCGUGCUGCCGAGUUUGGCUUUCUCGAAGAACCCGAAAAGUGGGCCAACUUGGGCCAGGGUGCCCCCGAGGUCGAAGAUGACAUCGAAGGCUGCUUCGCCCGGCCUACCCACAUCGACAUUAGCGCCGCCAGCCGCGAGUAUGGCCCAACUGCGGGCAUCAAGCCCUUGAGGGAGGCCGUUGCUCAUCUUUACAACGAGAUGCACCGCAAGGGCAAGCCGAGCCAGUACACCUGGGAGAACGUCGCCAUCGUGCCUGGUGGCCGUGCUGGUCUCAUCCGUAUCGCUGCCGUCCUAAACAACGCCUAUGUCGGCUUCUUCAUUCCCGACUACACGGCGUACAAUGAGAUGCUCUCGCUGUUCAAGAACUUCGCCGCCAUCCCCGUCCCCCUGUCCGAGGAAGACGGUUACCACAUCCACCCCGAAAAGAUCGCCGAGGAAAUCUCCCGUGGCACCGGCGUCAUCCUCACGUCGAAUCCGAGGAACCCAACCGGCCGCGUCGUCCAGAACCCGGAGCUGGCCGAGAUCCAGGACCUCUGCCGCGAGCGCGCCACCUUCGUCAGCGACGAGUUCUACUCGGGUUACAACUACACCAGCGACUGCGAUGGCUCCACCAUCAGCGCUGCUGAAAACGUCAUCGAUGUCGACGAGGACGAUGUGCUGAUCAUCGACGGCCUGACCAAGCGCUUUCGCCUGCCCGGCUGGCGUGUCGCCUGGAUCAUUGGCCCCAAGGAGUUCAUCAAGGCCAUCGGCUCGUGCGGCUCCUACCUCGACGGCGGCACCAACGUGCCCUUCCAGGAGGCGGCCGUCCCCAUGCUGGAGCCGUCGCUGGUGCAGAAGGAGAUGGUGGCGCUGCAGCAGCACUUCCGGCACAAGCGCGACUACGUGGUGGGCCGGCUGCGCAGCAUGGGCUUCGUCAUCCGCCACGUGCCCGACUCGACCUUCUACCUCUGGCUCAACCUCGAGGGCCUACCCGGCCCCAUCUCGGACGGCCUCAACUUCUUCCAGGCCUGCCUCGACGAGAAGGUCAUCGUCGUCCCCGGCAUCUUCUUCGAUCUCAACCCCGCCCGCCGCCGCGACCUCUUCGACAGCCCCUGCCACCACUUUGUCCGCUUCUCCUACGGCCCCCGCAUGGAUGUGCUCGAGAUGGGCUGCGAUGGUAUUGAGAGGGUCAUCAACAAGUUCAAGAAUUUGGUGAGCCACUAGGUAUAGCGGCGCCAGCUUGCUGAUAUGGGGCGCGUCGGGGAUAUGGCCUGUCGUCUUGUUUUGCAUACACAGGCAGGACUGACGAACUGCCCCUUUUUGUUGUUUCUUUAUGUUAGGGGGGACUGGAUAAACAAACGCCCCUGAGUUGCUUGGCUUGGCAUCUUCCACCCAGGCACGUCCGUUGCUUAGAGAGAUGGGAAACAGCUCAGUUCAGGAGUUACCAGUACCUUGCGAGAUAGACAACACCACUCCCAGCACCGGCUAUAUCGUCGCUUAACAAUCUCAGACUCUCUUCUUCUCAUCCUAACUUCCUCUACGCUUGCUUUACUGAUAGAUAUGAUCCCUGGAGAGAGACAAUUAUGAUGGAUUUGGAUAGCCGGGGCGUGAUGUCAAAAACAGCAGUUUACAGUCA